AUGAGUGUGUUUGUCUGUGCGUUGGCAUUGUCUCCGGAAGGCAGCCAGUCCAUGGCCCCCUGCUGUGGGCUCUUACUGGUGGGUGGAAUCCCCUCUUGGAGCUGCCUCGUGCUGAAAGCAGCUGCCUCGCCCCAUCUCUCCACUCACCUGGGGAGUGGUGCCAGGCAGGUAGGGGUGGGGGUGCAGGCACACCCCGAUCUCCCCUCCAGCCUUGCCAAGGUGGGAUUGGGCACAGUGACUGGUGCGAACUCCCAAAGACACACUGGACUGUGGACUGCACCAGAAACGGAGGGAGUGUGUACAUACAGUACAUCUGCCUACAAAUAUUGUGCACACACACACACCUGUACUGUAUGAAGGUGCUUGGCAGAGCAGACAUGACAGUGUGGGCCCUGAUGGCCAGGGUGAGCAUGGAGGGGCUAUGAUGGGAGACUCUCUCCACACACAGCGCCUGUCUGCCUGCAUGAGUGCUGUGGGACUGUAUCAUUAACCACAACCCAGCACAUCCAGGCAGCUCUGCAUGAGUGCGCUUCGGAAGCACACUUAAUUUCUGCUAACCUUUUGUAAGCUACGCUUGUUUAGUCUUAAAUUCUACUUGUGAAGCAGCGGAAAUGGGAGGAAGAAGGUGACAGGGAGUGGGGAGCCGCUCAGCAGUUGGCUGUGUUGGCUAAUUAUUGUCAACCCACAUUGAGGAGUAUGAGAAGAGAAGUCUUUGUAAAAGGCACUUUGAUAUUGAACACAUAUCCACAGGCCAACGGAUAUAUUGGCGUUAACGGCGUAGUUCUAUUUUAGUGUCCUAACUUUCCGAAGGGUGCUGUCAGAUUAGUGUCAGCGAGAUGAGCGGUAAGAAUUGCUGUGAACCAAUGAGAUUCUCUCCAGGACACAAGGUGUUUCAUGCGAGGAGUACAGCUCCCCUUUGGCCCAAAGCUGCAGCCUGCCUGCCUUGGAUGCUAUUUAUUUGGUGCUAGAGCAGCGCUGUUCUACAUUUGUGAUUCACUUUGUCUUUUCCACUGUGGACUUACUGUUGUCUGUUUCCAUUAAUGGCUACAAGUGCGUUGCUCCACUUGGACUUGCCAGGCACUUGUGUGGCGAGAUUUUUUUGUAACUAUCACACAGCCACAGUGGCUCUGGGCUUCUGUUGAAAGUCAACUAGCUCAUGAAAGCAGGCAAUGCCUGAAAUAAAUAUCUACAGAUGUCAGGAAAAUAUUGAGUCAAAGUAAAUCUGGUAUUAAUGACGCUAUCAGAUGUUUUUUAAAAUAAAAAUCACAUCUAAAAGCCAGUUGUCAAGACAUUAUUUUGACUUGUAUCUGUACCAAUUUAAUAUGUACUGGGUAGAAUUCUGUAUUGUAAAAAUGCUCUUCUUUCUUGUUUUACAGGGCAGAGUCUAGGCUAUGGGUUUGUCAACUACAUCGACCCAAAGGAUGCAGAGAAAGCCAUCAACACAUUAAACGGACUCAGACUUCAAACCAAAACGAUUAAGGUAAGUCCGUUUGGAAAACACCUUCUGUACACUGAAUAUCAAUUCACCCAGCGUCCAUGUGAUAAGGACUGCACUGCUUCAGUUCCCAUGUAGAUUGUUGGAAUCAUUUGCAUACAUGCAGAGAGAGAGCGAAUUCAAAUGAAUGGGUGGCUGAAUCAAAGAGUCAGACGCAUUAAAAGCCGUGAGGUAUAACUGAUAUGCUAAUUAAUUUAUAAAUGUCAAAAUGAAGGUGAAAUUAGAACGAUUUUCAGACGGAGUAAGGAAAACACAUUUAUUACAUGCUGCCUAAAGUUAGAGGACUCAAAUUGAUAUUGCAUUGGUUGGGACGUCAAAUAAAGAUGAAGGGUAAAUGUGUAAGUAUAAUUUAAUUAGUGGUAUGGUUGUAUUAGUGUACUCAACAUCCAUUUUAUAUAGUAGGCCUACUUUAUCUCUACUUGUUGAGCAGAAAAACUAUAUCCUCUCAUAUAGCUCCGUUAUGCUGUUCGCUUUAAGCCAUACUGUAAUCUGCUCUGCUACCAUAAUCCAAGCCCUCUCAGUAACAUAUUUCUAAAUCUAAUCAGAUCGGAUUACCCUGCCGAGCUGAAUGGGGAAAAGCCCAUACAGAAUCCCCAAUCCCUCGACAGCCUUGAACAUGAUAAGUCAACUUUGUGAAGGGAAGCAGCCACACCAGAUCAACACAGCCCGGCCUGUUUUCAAUCCAGCACAGUGCUUUGAAGUGGGCUCUGAGAGGCAAGGUCGUGGGAGACAGCCAACCAGAGCUGUGUGAGUGUGUAUAUGCCUCCGCGUAUCCAUGUGCGUGUCAGUGUGACGCAGUCAGCAUGACCCACAGUUACUCCAGCGCAGGUCUCACCCACUGAGCGUAGCUGACAGGAGUUAGGAUGAGUCACAGGGUCCGUGUGUGUAAUGUCCCUCUGCCACUCUCCCUCACUAAUGAACUCUGCUGAGAUGGGGCACCAGAGGGCCAAGCUAGCACCCAGGCCCCCAACCCACACUACUGUAGCAGUGACGCUCCCCAGUCCUCCCCAGUCCUCCCCAGUCCCCAAUGCACCAGGCAUGUUUUUAGGAAGCCAGCUCACUUAGGAAUCACCAGCGUGCCAUGGCCAGUCCCCUUGGGCUAGAGAGAAGAGCCUUCUUGAUGACGCUGUCAAAAACCAUAACAUAUUCAGAGCUACACAUAUGCACACACACGUUCUCAUCCCAUCUCCAGCCCUAGCACAGCCUCUUUCCUCCCACAGCUUGUGUGUAAUAAAGCGGGAACAAUCUUCCGUGUCUAUCAUCCUGGAGCACACACACCGUCCAAAGAGCAAUCACACCAGUAAGUGACGUCCGCUUCCCCCACACGCACAGUCCUCUUCCCUCUCUCUCUCUCUCUCUCUCUCUCUCUCUCUCUCUCUCUCUCUCUCUCUCUCUCUCUCUCUCUCUCUCUCUCUCUCUCUCUCUCUCUCAAACACACAGCGUUCCACAUUGUACAGCUCCCUCUGUCUGUCUCUAUCCAUCUUAUCCAGUCAGACGGAGCAGCAUCUAGACUUCACCCUGGCUCUCAGUUAUAGCAGCAGAGUCCCUCUCUGCAUGAGAGAGUAAGGCCAGCCCUUUGUAUUCUUGCCACUGCGAAACCCAUUAUUUUGACUGUGCUACCCAUAUCAAUAAGCCUUUUCUGAGUAGCACUGAAGAAAAAGGCCCCUUUUACAACUUCUAGUAAAGUGUGUUCAAGGUCAUUAUCUUCUUGAAAUAUCCAUUCAGUGCUACGGGCCUUUCUAUCUGCACCAGAGGUUAUCUUAAGCUGCCAUGAAAAUGAAGACAGACUCCCUAAUAGCAGCAGACAGCUCUGUCUUGCAGCCCAGUGUGAGGCUCUGGUGGGAGAGAAGAGAGAGCUGCUUGUGGUGUCACUGAACGACAGUUGAUACGCCAAUGUGCAGAGGAAACAUUUUGAGCCCUCUUUACAGAAGACACUUAAAGAACUCAGUGUCCUUGAUAUGACUUUCCAGUUUCACACAAGGCUUCAACUGAUGAAACGUGUUUUUGAUGUAGUACAAUACUGUAGUUAGUAUGUAGGCUCUCAUGGUAGUGUACAGUAAGCCUUUGGGAAUAUCCAUCCAUUUGUUUGUGGACAUAAUAUUCACAGACACAUCACUUCCUAGUCCCUACACACUUCUCCCUUCUGGUACCCUCAUAACACUUCCUCACAGUGCUGCCUCACUGUAGGGGGAAAACAAAGAGGGGCGGCACAGUUCACCACAGAGUUUCACACACGCAGGUGGUGUCUUUCUGGGGUCUUUUUCUGUCUUUUAAAACGUGGUUUCCACCUCCAUGACACCUCAGAGUUUCUCAGCGCACCUCUGGUGCUGCUACCCUGUGGAGGUGUGAGAGGAAGGAGCCCGCUGGAGGUGAGAAGAGCAGGGCUACAUGCUGGGAAAGAACACACACACACACGCUCGUCAAACUCCAACACACACUUCACUCUCACAUGCAGAAGUACUUCUUACAGCUAGUGAAGGUGUUGAUGGAUCUGGGGCUGGCUGACAGGGAGCGAAGGAGAGAAAGGGAUGGAUUAGAACCAAAGGGGAUAGAAGGAAAGACAGUUUGAAAGGAAAGAAGGGCAAAGGGGAAGCUAACUGCCAGUGAUCCGAUUAUUUUGCCUUCAGAGUUAAACUGGAUAUCCUGUGAUUACACUGAGAUGUUUUGCAUAUCCAUCAUAUUUGUACAAGUUUAACAGUGUUUGAUGGCUUAUGCCUCUAAAUGUUAAACCUAAUGAAAACCCUGGAUAGAAAAGCUCCCCCAGUCAGCAAUGUUAAUCAGAUUAACAUUUUGAAAGAGGAAAACCAGAUCGCAAUCGAGAAAUUAGAACAGCGUUUGACAAAGCACAGGGACUUUUUCAGGAGAGAGCUACGAUGGCACAACUUAAACAUCAAGGUCUCAUUAAACUCAUUAAAAUACUAGCUUCCAAUGUAGUGUAAUUCUACAGCUUAUAUUGCCUUUGAAAAUAAAAGUUAACGAAAUGAUAGCUUCUAAAUGGGUGUUGCAAAGCUGUGGAGGGAUCUGUGAGAGAAGGCACCCACCUCGCUCAGCUCGCACAGUUAGAGUCAGCACAAGCCAUCCCCAUACAACCCCCCCUUACCAAAUUAGGAUUGCCAAACCACCUCUUUUUGUCUCACCCUCUUUCUCUCUCUCUUUCUCGCGCUCUCAUCUCUCUCUCUCUCACACCCUCAUGCACAGGCUGUAAACACACUUUCUCUCCCGUUCUCUCUCUCUCACACACACACACAUCUAAUGUAUGCGUGAGUGCAUUUGUUUUUUUGUCAGCAUUAACAAGAUAGCGACAGAUAUAUUUUUGUCCAAUACUUCCAUAUUAAUGAUGGGGAUGAGGGUUGAUGGGGAUGAGGGUUCAUGUGUGAGCCUUUCGCUACAGUACACAAAUAAAAUGUAAUACAACAAAUGAAACGGAAGAUAAAUUGGCGCCUACCUACCUUUCCUCACACCUCUUCUGCGUGGGGUCUGCAAGGCUAAUGUGUAAAUGGAUUUUAGAUGAAAACUAAUGUGCUAAUUAAAACGAGCUCAGUCAGGUGAAGCCCUGUGAUUCAAGUCAUUAAAAACAAGUUACACAGACAUCUCUGCCAAUGCCAUGGACAAAAUACAAUCCAAUGAUGUAGGCUCAAAAUGUUCUCAUAGAUGUAAGACAAAAGCUAUGCUACAGUCACGUCCAUCAUCUCUUACAGUGAGGGAAAAAAGUAUUUGAUCCCCUGCUGAUUUUGUAUGUUUGCCCACUGACAAAGAAAUGAUCAGUCUAUAAUUUUAAUGGUAGGUUUAUUUGAACAGUGAAAGACAGAAUAACAACAGAAAAAUCCAGAAAAACGCAUGUCAAAAAUGUUAUAAAUUGAUUUGCAUUUUAAUGAGGGAAAUAAGUAUUCGACCCCCUCUCAAUCAGAAAGAUUUCUGGCUCCCAGGUGUCUUUUAUACAGGUAACGAGCUGAGAUUAGGAGCACACUCUUAAAGGGAGUGCUCCUAAUCUCAGCUUGUUACCUGUAUAAAAGACACCUGUCCACAGAAGCAAUCAAUCAAUCAGAUUCCAAACUCUCCACCAUGGCCAAGACCAAAGAGCUCUCCAAGGAUGUCAGGGACAAGGUUGUAGACCUACACAAGGCUGGAAUGGGCUACAAGACCAUUGCCAAGCAGCUUGGUGAGAAGGUGACAACAGUUGGUGCGAUUAUUCGCAAAUGGCAGAGACACAAAAUAACUGUCAAUCUCCCUCGGCCUGGGGCUCCAUGCAAGAUCUCACCUUGUGGAGUUGCAAUGAUCAUGAGAACGGUGAGGAAUCAGCCCAGAACUACACGGGAGGAUCUUGUCAAUGAUCUCAAGGCAGCUGGGACCAUAGUCACCAAGAAAACAAUUGGUAACACACUACGCCGUGAAGGACUGAAAUCCUGCAGCGCCCACAAGGUCCCCCUGCUCAAGAAAGCACAUAUACAGGGCCGUCUGAAGUUUGCCAAUGAACAUCUGAAUGAUUCAGAGGAGAACUGGGUGAAAGUGUUGUGGUCAGAUGAGACCAAAAUAGUGCUCUUUGGCAUCAACUCAACUCGCCGUGUUUGGAGGAGGAGGAAUGCUGCCUAUGACCCCAAGAACACCAUCCCCACCGUCAAACAUGGAGGUGGAAACAUUAUGCUUUGGGGGUGUUUUUCUGCUAAGGGGACAGGACAACUUCACUGCAUCAAAGGGACGAUGGACGGGGCCAUGUACCGUCAAAUCUUGGGUGAGAACCUCCUUCCCUCAGCCAGGGCAUUGAAAAUAGGUUGUGGAUGGGUAUUCCAGCAUGACAAUGACCCAAAACACACGGCCAAGGCAACAAAGGAGUGGCUCAAGAAUAUGCACAUUAAGGUCCUGGAGUGGCCUAGCCAGUCUCCAGACCUUAAUCCCAUAGAACAUCUGUGGAGGGAGCUGAAGGUUCGAGUUGCCAAACGUCAGGCUCGAAACCUUAAUGACUUGGAGAAGAUCUGCAAAGAGGAGUGGGACAAAAUCCCUCCUGAGAUGUGUGCAAACCUGGUGGCCAACUACAAGAAACGUCUGACCUCUGUGAUUGCCAACAAGGGUUUUGCCACCAAGUACUAAGUCAUGUUUUGCAGAGGGGUCAAAUACUUAUUUCCCUCAUUAAAAUGCAAAUCAAUUCAUAACAUUUUUGACAUGCGUUUUUAUGGAUUUUUUUGUUGUUAUUCUGUCUCUCACUGUUCAAAUAAACCUACCAUUAAAAUUAUAGACUGAUCAUGUCUUUGUCAGUGGGCAAACGUACAAAAUCAGCAGGUGAUCAAAUACUUUUUUCCCUCACUGUAUAUCUAAUACCCAUCUCUACCCCAUUCUCCCCUUCUCCUCAGGUGUCAUAUGCACGACCCAGCUCAGCCUCCAUUCGAGACGCUAACCUGUAUGUGAGUGGUCUGCCCAAGACCAUGACCCAGAAGGACCUGGAGCAGCUCUUCUCCCAGUAUGGACGCAUCAUCACCUCCCGCAUCCUGGUGGACCAGGUCACAGGUAUCCAUGGGUCGCCUUUUCGUUUAUACACACACACAAACUAACACGCACAUGCACACACACACCCACAGAAACAAACUCCCUAGCCAGCACAGCACACAUGCAUUGGUCUAAACACACACAAAUGUGCGCAAACACAUACAUAAAAACACAAACGUAUGUUCAUCAGAGUUAAUACACCCUACUCACAACCCGAGCACAGGCACACAAAGAGAUGAAACCAUUGUCAUGAUGCAGAAUCAUGCAGCAUGACUUCCAUUGCACAGCUCUUAGAUCCAUUUCAGAGGUUUCGUCUGCCUGCGGCAGGCUCCAAUGUUAUGUGUAAUGUGUAUUGAUGAAGCAGAACGAGUACAGCACAUUGUAAGCCACACUCAUUUGCCUAAGCAGAAUAAAUCAGCCCUGGUACUGGGGCAGAGCAGAGCAGGAUCAAGUUUAGAGCAUGCCGGUUUAUUUGCAACUACUGUAUGCUUCCACAAGACCUGUUCCACACAGCCCACAAACAACAACACGCAA